CUACACAUACACACAACCUUGUUUCAUAAUAAUAGCCAGCAAUACUAACCUGUCCAAUUUUAUUAGUCCUGCCAAAAUCAUUCAUAUUUAUUAUUUACCCGUUUUCUCUAACUCUUCAAUUCACGUUAUUUUUUUUCUUCUCUAAACCGUCCGGAACCAGCCUAAAUAUCCAAAUCUCGAAAGAAUUCCCUUUCUCAACCCCACCAUUUUCUUGUUUGUAGCCUUCAACACCACUUCUUUCUUUUUUUUUAAUAACUUUAAUUUUCAUUAAAAAAAAAUCACCCAACUUUUUUUUUUUUUUUUUAUAAUUUUAUUUUCUUUCCAUCUUUAUAGAAAUAAAUAAUUGAAGUUCAUUUAACAUUAUUAGCCCUUCCCUUCCCUAGCUAGUCUUUUCCUAUCAAUAUUUCUCUCUCUUCCUCAUCUUCCGGGCUAAAUUUCUCCUUUUAUUCAGAGAAUUUCUGUUAUAAAUACAAUAAUAAGGGCAGAAGAAUUUUACUGUUGAAGUUAUCACAAAGCUAAGUUUUUUCUUCUUCUUCUUACAAACCAAAAAAAAAAGAGAAUAACCUAGUUAGCUUGCUUCCUCACUCAUUCUUUAGCGAGUUUUUCUCCUUUGCAAGUUGGGCAUUUUUUCAUUCGAUUAUUCGAUAUCCUUCUAUCUAUACCAUCAGGGUUCGUUUCGUUUCGAAUCGACAGAAAAAAAAAAAAAAAAAAAAAAGAGAGAGAGAGAGAUGUCAUCAAGCUGUAUGGAUCAAGCUGCUGUUGCUCCUCCAUCAUCUGAGCAACUUUGCUACAUACCUUGCAACUAUUGCAAUAUUGUUCUUGCGGUGAGUGUUCCAUGCAACAACUUGUUCGAUAUAGUAACCGUCCGUUGCGGGCACUGCACUAAUCUAUGGUCAGUUAACAUGGCCGCCGCCUUCCAUUCGCUCUCCGCAUCCUGGCAGCAACACCAGCAACAAAACUUUCAUCAAGCACCAAACAAUGGCAAUAUGGGUGAAUAUAGGAUUGACAAUUUGGGUUCAUCCUCCAAGUGCAACUACACUAACAAAGCAGCUACAACUAUGCGAAUUUCGCCUCCUAUUAGCAAUAAUUCUGCUGAGGAAAGGAUUAUUAAUCGCCCACCUGAGAAGAGGCAACGCGUACCAUCUGUCUACAACCAAUUCAUAAAAGAAGAAAUUCAGAGGAUCAAGGCUAAUAAUCCUGAUAUUAGUCAUAGGGAAGCAUUCAGUACUGCUGCCAAAAAUUGGGCACAUUUUCCUCACAUUCAUUUUGGGCUGAUGCUGGAGACCAACAAUCAACCUAAGCUAGAUGAGGGCUCGCAAAAGCAUCUCAUGCCAAGGACUGCUUUACUAAACAAUUGAUCGAUCUUCCAAAGUACUCAAGAGUGGUACAUUUUGUGUUCACAUAAAGUACAUGAAAACUAAACUAUGUUCAUUAAGAAGAUGAGUAAACUGUAUUUUUACUACUUUCAAGAUAUUUUGUGUGGGUUAUUUCUAUAUCAUGUGUUUAAUCACAUGAUCAUGUCAUUAAUAUGCUAAGAACGUAAUAUUAUUGUAAUGCAAGUUAAAGCUCUCCUUAUGUAAGUAAUCUUGUGUUGCUAUACUCCUUCUGUUGCUAAUUGAUU